AGCUCGAAGCUCUAAAUCGUUUUGUAAUAAAACCGGUCUUCAGCUUAAUUAUCGGUUUUUAUACCGUUAUUUGCAGCACUACUUCGCGGUGGCGGCGGGUAUUGUUGAGGCGGGAGAAUGGCAUUGGCAAAGGGCCUGAGGCCCGUUCAGGUGUUUGGUGUGAUACUGUUCGUGAGGAUCGCGUCUGUAUUCGUGGUGCAGACGUGGUACGUGCCAGACGAGUACUGGCAGACAUUGGAGGUGGCGCACAAGCAAGUGUUUGGCUACGGAGCCCUGACUUGGGAGUGGACGAAAGGCAUCAGGAGUUACCUGUACCCGAGUGUGGUGGCUGCACUGUACACCAUACUGAAGUUUACUGGACUGGACCAUCCUCAGGCCUUGAUUCUCCUGCCUCGCAUACUACAAGCAGUCAUUAGUGCUGUAGCCGACUACAGCUUCUACAAAUGGACCGGCGGCCGCAAAUGGGCACUGUUCUUGGUGCUCACGUCUUGGUUCUGGUUCUACACAGCCAGUAGAACGCUUUUGCAGACGGUUGAGACUGCUCUGGUGGCCAUCGCACUUUCUAAAUAUCCAUUCAGGGAUGGCAAGACCAGCUAUUUUGAGAAAGAGAGCACUCUAUGGAUCUGGCUAGCAGUAGUGAGCGUGUUCGUGCGUCCUACGUCAGCGCCUCUGUGGGUGAUUCUAGGGCUGUACAACAUAGCCACUACUAAGGAACCACGUCUCAAGCUGGUGGUGCGCACUUACCUGCCUAUUGGUCUUCUUGUGGGAGGAGCCCUAGUGGCCUUGGACUCGUACCUGCAUGGGAGUGUGGUGGUGACGCCGUGGGAGUUCUUCCGCUUCAACGUGCUUCACGACAUCGCGUCUUUCUAUGGACAGCACCCAUGGCACUGGUACCUCUGGCAAGGCAUCCCAGCAGUAUUAGGCAUCAACUCGCUGCCAGUACUGGCCGCUAUUGUGGCCAUUCUGCGGCGUCCGCGGGAGAACAAGACCGGAUUGCUGUUAUUGGCUAUUGUCGCGGUACAUGUGGCUCUAUACAGUGCCAUAUCCCACAAGGAGUUCCGCUUUGUACUGCCUCUGCUUCCCAUAUUCCUGUACCUCGCCCAAGACUUCAUCGUCCCUUGGAGCAGAAAGGCUAAGAAGUGGCAGCUGUACGUGCUAACUGGAUCCAUCCUGAUCGGGAAUGUGGUCCCGGCGCUAUACUUCGGCGUGGUGCACCAAGCCGGCACGCUCAAGGUCAUGCCGCUGCUGCGAGAAGCCAUCCCCAGCAACAAGAGUUCCGUCCUGUUCCUGAUGCCUUGCCACUCCACGCCUCUGUAUAGCCACCUUCACCAGAACGUAACCACCCGCUACCUCAACUGCGACCCGCCGUUCAACAAGGUCGGCGAGACGUACGAAGCAGAAUACUUCUUCAACAACCCGCAACGCUGGUGGCGGUCGGAAUACGCUGCCAAGGCCACCCCGCAGUUUGUGGUGCUGUUCGACACGCUCAAGGGACGAGUAGAGAACGCUCUGCAAGGAUACAAGCAGCUGUAUGAGAUACCGCAUACACAGUUCCCGGAAGGCGAGGUGGGUGAAAAAGUGCUUGUUUACAAGAAGAUUCAGAGCCAACCUAAGCCCGCGGCCGACGACGCGCUGUAGGACCACUGUUAGUACGCUUACCUUACACGUAUCUUCCAUUUGCGAGGCGAAUUCCCAAAGGACAAUAUGACAGCAUACAUGAGACAAGAUUUUAUAAAUGCAUCCUGUUUUCUGACGUUUGUAGGAAAAACCUAAUGUCAUAGACUAAAGAAGAUGUAAAUAUCUUUAUUAGAAUUUAAUUUAGUAAUUUGUGCCAAAUAUCUAUUACAUUUUGCCUAGAGAGACGUACUCCUGCAGUGGAGACUAAUAAAUCACCUUAUGAUUUUGUGUCUUAUGGGAAUUCGCCUUGAUUUAUCCACAAUUUCUUCUCGAAUCUGCGUUUUUAUUUCGACGCCGCCAUUACGCAUCAUCAAGAGAACGGGUUUGUUUAUUAAAAUGUCUCGAUCGAUAUUAUGCACUUAUUUAGUGCGUAAAAACCGACUAAUGGAAUAAAAAUAAUUCAAUUUAGGAUUUAUAAGAAAUACACACAAUUAAUAAUGCAAUUUUACAGAAAUGUAACGAUUUUAAAUUCCAUUUUUUCACAAUAGAAACGAACAAUCUUUACCAUAAUGCAUUUCAUAAUGAUGUUGGACUCCUUAGUUGGAAAUAGGUUGUAAGUAAAUUAAAUUAUUAUUAAGAUCGACUUGUGGGAAUGUUGCCCCAUUAAUAACAUGUGUUCGAUUCAAAUAUACAUUAUUUAAAAUGUAUUUAUGAAUAAUAUAUUAAUACAUUUACAUUGUUAGGUUUAAAUUGAUGUAUUGAUUUAAUCAUCGAUUACGAUUUAAUUACAAAUUCGAUUAUGACUUUUUUGAAACAGAAUUCAUAGUAGUAAACAAAAUGUAUGCAGUUUUUGAUAAUUUAACUUCACCCUCCUAAUUUCAAAAUAAUUUGUCCCAUUCGGUCGUAACUACAGUCAUUGAUGGUAUUGUAGGGUAGUUAGGGUAAUAAUUGGCAUAGUUGUAAAGGUGUUUAAAAUUACUUUUAAUUUUAUUAAUUUAGCUAUCAUCUACCAUUUAGAACCUUAGUCUUUUUGAAAUGGUUAAAUGUUUUUAUUACAAGCAUUUCAGUUUGUAAUUCUGUUCUGUCAUUAAAAUUAAGCUGUGUAUUGUACACAGUUUAAAUCCCAUGUUUGUGCGUGUUUGUAUUUCAAAAUAAUAUCACUGUCCGCCAUUUUUCAUCUUUCGCCGUGAAUCCAUGACUGAGAUUUUCACGCAAGUACAAAUUAUAUAUAUUUUUACAUAGUUUUUAUACACUUGCCAAAGUUAGUUAUUUAUUUUUAAAUACUAACGUAACAUAUCGUAUAUAAUGUAAAUGCAGGUUAACGGAAAUAAGCUAAGGCUGAGUGUAUCUUAAUAUACAAUCUGCGCAGGUUCAAUUGAGGCUGAUGUGGCGACUUUUGACGCACGUAGGCGGUUUACUGCUUGACUGCAUGGUAUAUACGGGACUAUUCCCACCUCUCGUUCCCACCGCUGCAACUCCUGUGUAGCCAGGAUCUACAGCUUGACCACAACAAAAACCCAACCAAUGAAGGUCAAGUAUGUCCCGGGGGAAAGUUAAGCUGUUGGACCCGCAACGAAAUGGUAUGGCAUGGUAUAUGAGACACAUUACUCCUUCAAGUACCAGCGAAUCGAAACACUAGAAAUCAAUUGUUACUGCGGUCUUAAGCAAACGCUUAGGGUUGCACGAGUUAAUGCGCUUACUAGAAUCAUAGAUGCCAUUCCAAGAUCUGCAGACUUCAUCACCUUUCACUCUUAUCAUUAAUAAGAGAGAGAGAGAGAGGUGACUACAAUCGUCGCAUCAUGACCCAUUGUUGCCUGCGCGGGUUGUGCCGACUGCAUUUCGACUACUUUAUAACUACCACCGACUCUAUUUCACUAACGCAUUUUAUUUAAACUACAUUUCGUGCUAUUGUCUAGUUUUUUGAUAUAAUAACUUCCUUCUUUAAAAGACGAGUAGCAUGUUUUUUUUUAGAUGUGCUGACUGGAUUUUCUUUUGAUAAUUUUGAUGUUAUCGACCCAGUGGUUGUAUUCGGCUACUACGAGCGAAGAAGUAAAUAUUAUGCAAUAGUAGUAUUUUUUUGUUCUAAUUCACGCUUCGUCUUAAUAUAUUUUAAGUGAUGCUAUGAUUUUUUGUAGUUCAUAAUUAUUGUAAUAUUAAUUUUUCCUCAUAAAUGUUAAUUUUGAAAUGGUUUAUGUAAUUCUAUUGCAAUAAAAAUGUGGAUUUAUAAUUUUAUUAUUUUAAUGUAUUUUUUCUAGAUUUAAAAUAGUCUCUUAUUAGUAUAAAAUCGACCAUCGACUUGCUCAAAGAUAAAGACAAAUAUUUUAAGAUCUCUUUAACACAUGUUGUCUUUAAUAUUAAAUAACUUGCUAUGCAGUUAAGGGUUGUGCAUUUCGAUUUGUUUUUUUUUUUUUUUCAAAAAAUAUUAAUACAAAAUAUUAAUAAAUAAAACUUAUCUUCCAAUACACAAUAACACUGCAAUGUUAAAAUACAAUUUUAGUAGUAAUUAAAAUGUAAAGAAGAGUGGCAACCCUAAACAAGUAUUGCGAUUGACUUUACAAAUCGCACGAGCAAUUAGUUGAAUAUGUUGUUUUCCUGUGUAAGUAAAUGUCUUCUAUAGAGAUGUCAAGUGUGAAUUUUUAUUAAUAAAGAUUUUAUUUUUAAUAAGCUUUU